AACGCCGCGACGCUCAUGUUGUGAUUCGCCUGAAUAAAGAAAACAGCCUGCAAAACGACCGAUGUGACUGCUUAUAUACAGAUGGCGUUUAUUAAAGAGGAGAGAGAAGAACUGAAGAUUGAAGAGCCACUGAGUGGGAAAUGUGAAUACACAGAGGAGCAAACAGGCCUGAUGGCGUUGAAAGAGGAGCAAGAUUUUACUGAAAUGGAUGAUAACGAUCAGCUUGAGACCUAUCAUGGCUUAAUAACGGGAACAAAAUGCACACAGACUGAAAGGACUUCCUCACAAAAAACAUCUCCGAAGAGCAAAUCUAAAAGUCCCGUCUCCUGUAGCCAGUGUGGAAAGAGUUUCGAUCAAAAGAAAAAGCUGGAUGUCCACAUGACGAUUCACACCGGAGAGAAGCCUUUCAGCUGCCAACAGUGUGGAAAAGGUUUCACGCAGAAAGGAAACCUUAAGGUCCACAUGGGGAUUCACACGGGAGAAAACUCUGUCAGCUGCCAACAAUGUGGGAAAAGCUUCACGCAGAAAAUCAACCUGAAAGUUCACAUGAGAAUCCACACCGGAGAAAAGCCGUACAGCUGCUGUCAGUGCGGACAAAGCUUUACGCACAAGAACAACCUCAAUGCCCACAUGAGGAGUCACAGCGGAAAGAAGACGUUUACGUGCGGUCAGUGUGGACGGAGGUUCACACGUAAAGGAGCCCUUGAGAACCACAUGAGGAUUCACACCGGAGAGAAACCCUUCAAGUGUGGUCUGUGUGGACGGAGAUUCACACGUAAAGCCUCUCUUGGCACCCACAUGAAGAUUCACACCGGAGAAAAGCCGUUCCCAUGUGAUCAAUGUAGAAAGAGUUUCAGGCGUAAAGUGACCCUCGAGACUCACAAGAGGAUUCACACCGGAGAAAGGCCUUUUGUAUGUUUCCAGUGUGGAAAGAGCUUCAGAUUCACAGGAAACCUUAAUCAGCACAUGAGGAUUCACUCAAACAAACACACACACAAACAAAACGGUUUUAAAUGUCUUCAGCGUGGAGGAACUUUCAGAGACAUAAAGCGCCUUAAGAAUCAUUUAUUAACUAAAGAGAAGGCUUUCACGUGCCGAAAGAGUUUCACUAAUUCGAGAAACCUGAAGCUUCACACUGGAAAAAGUCCUUUUAAAUGUCUUGAGCGCGAGAAGAGUUUCACACACUUGCCUGGUCGCUCUGGGAAAAGGUGGUUUAAUUGCGAUCAGUGCGAUAAAACAUUUAUUUUGGCGUCACACUUACAGAUACACGUGAAAAGUCAUGCCAAAUUCAGACCUUAUUUGUGUUGCUUGUGUGGAAAGAGAUUUCAAUGGCUCAGCAAUUUAAAAUGGCACCAGAUAAUGCGUAUUUGUGUGAAAGUAAGGCCUCGUUCACACCCUAGCUGAGAGGUUUUUAUACUAAAGAAUUGUACCCUUCUCUGAACUUGCCUUCAGAUUUAUUAAACAGUCCCAGAUGUCUUUUUUUUAAGACAUAUUCAGUUUCAAUUAAAUAAGGUUCAUAUUGCAGUACUUUAUCACACCACCAACACCUAACGAGUAUUCGAGGAAGGUACCUACAAUCCUUUUAAAGUCAUUUGUUGUGAAUUUCUCUGUCUGGUUCACGGCACCAAAACUGUUGUGAAAUUCCAAGACGAGCCAAAAAAGGGAGAACUUUUCGGGUAUCUUUAAAGCAGAAUCCUUUAAUAAGAAGACCUCAGCAUCGAAAGAACUCUGAACUGGUACAGCAGACUCUCAGUUUUCAAUACAUUUUUACAGACAUUGAUACUUAUGCGUGGAGACAGUCCUAAGCAAAGCAUGCCAAUGAAGUGUUGUUGUCUGCAGGGUAAAUUGCCUUUCCAGCCCCGAUCUCAUCAGCAUAUAAGAACCCAUUCACGAUACAUUUUAGCAUGAAAACAAAGUGUGCAAAUGAUUUACUGGGGCCAGUUGACCCGCUUUAAAAGGGUUACUUUACCAUUUGUUAGACAAUAGACACAACUGUGCUUUGAAACUGACAAUUUGCCUUACUUUGGAGACAGUGCUCAGGAAACCAAGAGAUUUUAAGUUCUGUCACACCCUAAUUAGAGUUUUGAAUGAUUUGAGCUAAUUGAAAAACAAAGAAUAUAACUUUUAAGUUAUAUAUAGAUUAUUGCUAAUUUUGAACUAGAUUAUGCAAAUUUAUAUUCCCACAUCAUCAAGGUCUUUAUUGUAAUGGUUAAAUGCAAUCAAUCUAUUCCAGGGAUGCUCUACCCUGUUCCUGGAGAUCUCUUGUCCUGCAGAUUUCAGCUCCAACCCAUAUCAAACACACCUGCCUGUAAUUAUCAAGUGCUGUUCAGGUCCUAAUUAAUUGGUUCAGGUGUGUUUGAUCAAGGUUAGAUCGGAACUCUGCAGGAAGGUAGUUCUCCAGGAACAGCUUUGAGCACCCCUGAUCUAUUCAGAGAUAGCCCUGGAAAUCCUCAUUGCAGCUCCACUGACAGAAGCAUGAUCCUUGCUGUCUCUUGUUAAAUGUCUUGCCUACACUUGUCACCACUACAUAGCCGGCCAAUCACAGUUCUUGCACCCUGUGUCAUUGUGACAUGUAAAGGCCCGUGCACACCGGGACACUUUUUGCUUGCGUUUUCCAUUGACGUUUAAUGCCUUGUGACUAAAUAAAGGCCGCCAAUGUGAUCGUGCACACCAACGCACAAGACGUAAAAGGCGUAAAAAACGUAAUUUUUUUAAGAAACGACUCAUGCUCGUUUCUUGACGUGCCACAUCAAAACCUUCUCCACCAAUCAGAUUGGCACUUUUGUUCACGCACACGGAGCUGCUGAAGUUACAGUAAACACCACUUGGAGGCGCUCAAGCGCAAAACUGUCAAUGCAGCGCACAUUGAAGAAGACGCCCAGAGGCGAUAUGAACAUGGAGCCCAUUUGUGUGUGUUUUACAAGUGUCCAUAAGGAAACUUUUGUUUUGUGUUUACCUUAUGAUUAAAGUUGUUGCGCAUCCACUGCUUCCUGCCUCUGAAUGAGCAAGUUUGAGCUACUUGUGCAUUAAGGUAGCAUUUCACGUAUUUCUGAUUUCCCGUGAAGAAACUCUAGGAACAUAGAAACCCCACUGCCAGUUAGCGUUUCAGAAGGGUUCUUGUCAGAGCAACACAAACAGAAUGCAGAACUAAUGCUGUA